AUGUCAGUUAUUACCUUAGAAAGCGCUAUUGGUGUCAAAAUGAUUAUUGACAAAAAAGAAUGGCGACUACCUAAGCCUGUUAGUAACCGUCCUGGAUAUGAUAUGGAAUAUUAUAGAGUAUAUCUCGGGAAUUACUUUGGUAACAUGAAUAUCAAAAAAUUCCUUGAUAAUGAAAAACUCUAUGACAGCCUAUUAAUAAUGAGAAAAGAGGAGUCUCCAAUACAGUGGGAAUUACGAGUUAAAACUACCCUUCAAUCUUUAUUGUCCCAAAAAGAAUAUAGCAUAUACCAUACCUUCUGCUUGUUUGCAGGAUAUGGUGAAGUUGAGUUUGAUAAAUCAUAUCAUGAAUACUAUCGUUCCAAAAUUCACAAAAAUAAUUUGGCAAUCUGCUUUCGUUGCUGGAAACCAUUUCAAGUUAAUGAAAUAAAGCCAACCAAAUCAUACCACCAUGUAUGGCAUAAAUUUAUUGAAUUGAUUGAAGUUAAGGAUAUGAUGCAGAGACAUUGGGACCAAGAAUGUUCCGAUCCUUUAAGUGAUCUUGGACGUGCAAGGGUUAAGCAACAAGCUUUUGAUAAAUUUAAGGAAAAUGAUCCGAUAGGUGUUUACUGUAAUAAACUACGACCUUCUCUUAAUAAGUACCAGGAUUCUGUAAGGGAUGAGCCACACUCGUCAACUCCAAACAUACUAUUUAUCUCGUCUCGGUAUGCAAAACAGCCAAAAGGCACUGCGUUGAGAUUGAGGGAUGGAACAGUAAUCAUGAUAUCUAACUAA